AUGACGACAUUAUCAUCUGUUCUAGGUACAGUGUAUGCAUAUGGCGGCCUCAGUUUCGCUUAUAAAGAAGGCUCAUACAUCAGGACCCUUUUCGUCGAAUUAUUCAAGAUUUUCCUCCUCACGUCUGGCGGCGUCAUUUUGUUGGACAACGUGGCGUUUCACCAUUCCCCUUGCGUUCGAGCUUUUGCAGAUGCGGUUGGGGUAGAACUGCUUUUCACUCCUUCGUACGCUCCUUGGUUAAUCCCAGUCCAGGAGUGUUUUCUAUCAUGA